AUGCUGGGGCCCAAAGAGGAGUUUCGGGAAAUUCUGCAGCAUUUCCGUGCGGCCUUUGAUGGGCCCGAAUUGGCCUGCAAAGUGGACAGUGUGCCGAUUGUCUUUGAGGUUGUUGAUUGCGCGCUCUCAUUACUGCCCAAGCCGCAUAAGACUAGCAAGCGCCCAGCAGACCUUAGGCCGCAGUACGCUUAUAUCCCAGGAAAAUCCAUUGAUGGGGCCAUAGCCAGGGUCAUGCGACACGGUGCAAUGCUCAGCUUGGACCUCAGUCGCGCAUUCGACGAAGAGUACUGUGUCAUAUGCGGGCAGUGGUGCGCCAGAGCGAAGCAGCAUCACAGCGCCGCAUGCACCCUGAAGUGUGGCAAUUGCACGAUGCUGCUGUCUCUCAAUGCUGUAGCGCGGGCUUGCGUGCCUUACGCCAUUGCAGCUUCUGUGAGGACCGAGAUGGAUCAUGCCCAGGAGGACCUGGAGGCGGCCCGAGCCAAGACGGCCCGAGAAGAGCUCCGGAUGGUGAUGGGCGGAGGAGGAGGAGGCACUUCUUCGGACCAGCAGAUGCGGGACACAGCGGAGGAGAAGGAGAUGGCAGAGGUGGCUGGCACCAGGGAGGCUGGGGCGUGGGACCAGCCUCAGCAGGAGCAUCAGGAUGCUCAGCUGCCUCAGCUCGACCAGGAUCUCAGCUACAUGGUAUUCAUCAAUACUUCGGGCCUCGGGUGCUUACCGGUGCUUCGCAGGGUAGCCGAGAACUGGCAAGAACAAUACACGAAGGGCACCGUAACCAGCCCAUUGCGCCUGGUGAUGUUCUUGGCGAUGCUGGAGACCUUGAAGACCACGGUGGAGGAAACGAUGGCGGACGAGGAAAAACUCCAGCGUUGCAUGAACGUGGGAUGGACUGUGGCGGGCGAAAACGCCUUAAGCCCAAAGUGGGUGUACCACUCCUGGGAUCCCGCAGCGAAGAGGCAAAUCGUUGCGGAGGACCAGCCACUGUCGCAUGCGGAUGCACUACGAUUGGUGGACCAGCUGAUGACGCACGACCAGUACAAGGCGGAGGUCCUCCCGUUUAUGGUGUCAAUCGGCCCGAGAGGGGAGUCGAGUGCGAUCUGCUUCAAUGCAUUGCGCAUUCUGAGCGGCUCGGCCAUCAUGAAAUUGAUUGGCGUGAGGGUUCGCCCCGAAAGGGGACAGGAGCCGCAGCUGAUCAAGCAGCUGAAGCAGUCCUACAUGGGCACCACGUUCUGCGAGUGGUCGAGGAAGUCGACACCGUGGAGCAACGUGAAGCUGCGCAAUCGCACGAAUCUGUGCUACUGCAAUGCCGUCUUUCAGUGUCUGUAUUGGCUGGGUGAGGCGAAUUCCUGCAAAGAUUCCUUGCUGUUGCCCAGUGACCUUGGCAUCCCACUGCUACUCCACCUACCAGGUGAGAAGUUGCAAACGCUUGUCGAUUCGUGGCACAAUCAGUUUGCCACGCAUGCGCUUACCUAUCAUGGGGGUGGCCUCUUCCUGCAAAUAUGUGACGUUGUGGCCAUGCCUGUUUUCACUGAAGUUGGCAGCGCCUGCACGAGAUUAGAGCAGUUUCGGGACAUCCCAGCUGCGGCGCAGGAGUCUGCUUCCGCGAGGCAAGGGUGCCACAUUGGUCGCCACAGUGGAAGCUGUUACGGGGACUGGCAGCACUAUGAUGUCUCUUCUGAGGAGGACGGAGCCGAGGAAGACCUCGUUUUGAUUCCACCCUGUAGCGGAGCGACUGCUGCUGGCUAUGGAAGUAUAUCUGAGCAGGCGAUCACAACAUCGGCAGGUGCUGGCGAUAGCUCCAACUACAGCUUGAACACCAUGGAUUAG